AUGGCGGGAGUGCCGGAGCGCUCGAGCCCUUCUCUAAACCCUGCCUCCAAACACGCUCCUGUGUUGGUGAAAUUGCCCCUCUGGCCCCCACACCCCGAGGCGGCUCGCAGCCUGAGGCCGUUACAGGCACCACCCAGCUCCGCUCGGGUUUCCUCCGCCGUCCUCCUCCUCCCGGACUCGUGCCCCUUUCACCGCCUUUCGUCCCGCUUCCGCAGCUUUCGUCGCCCCGGGAAGGCCCAGGGAGAGGGCGUUCGGGGCGGGCCGGGGGCGGGCAGCGCGGCGGCGCCUGGCGUGGUUCCCCGCGCUCCGCCGUGCCGUGCCCCGCGGCUUCCCCGCCGCCUGCCCGCCCACCGCCGCGGCUCCCCCCCGUUCGCUCGGGUGCUCUGCAAGAUGGCGGCGGCAGCCGAGCGCGGAGCGGAGCUGCCCGCGGAGCUACCGCGCGGGGCUCGGCAACCGCUGCCGCCGCUGGACCCCGAAGAGGUGACGAAGCGAUUGGCGAGCACCCGCCGGGAGCUGAGCAACAGGCGCAAGAUUCUGCUGAGGAACCUGCCGGCCGAGAGCAGCAGCCAGGAAAUCCAUGACUUGUUUAAAGAAUAUGAAAUAAAGUAUUGUUAUGUGGACAGAAAUAAAAGAACAGCGUUUGUCACUCUGUUAAAUGGAGAGCAAGCUCAAAAUGCCAUUCAGAAGUUCCACCAGUAUUCUCUUCGGGGGAAGGAGAUAUCUGUGCAGCUCCAACCAACAGAUGCUUUGCUCUGCAUCACCAAUUUGCCCAUUUCAUUGACGUUGGAAGAGUUUGAAGAACUUGUGCGUGCCUAUGGCAACGUGGAGCGGUGUUUCUUGGUCUACAAUGAAGCUACUGGCCAUUCCAAGGGCUAUGGCUUUGUGGAGUACAUGAAGAAGGACUCUGCUGCCAAGGCCAGGCUGGAACUUCUGGGGAAGCAGUUAGAGGAGAGCACUCUCUUUGCGCAGUGGAUGGAUGUGAACCAGCUGACCACAAAUCUUAUUCACUCCAAGUGCCUUUGUGUAGAUAAAUUACAAAAAGACCAUGCUGAUUCAAAAGAUCUGGUUCAAGUUUUCUCACUGAAGCAUAAACCUGUUUUCUGCCAGUUUGCUCAGGAUGAAGACAGUUGUAUUGGGGACUUUGCGGUGGUUGAGUAUGAAACUGCAGAGCAGGCUGAGGAGGUCCAGGAAGUCACCAAUGGCAUCACCAUCAAAGGAAAGAGAGUCCAUGUGUCAUACUGUGCUCCAGGAGCACCAGGCAGAAGCACCUUGGCAGCACUCAUAGCAGCACAGAGGAUGAUGAGGAACAAUAGGAAAGGCUUGCUUCCAGAGCCAAAUCCAGUGCAGAUCAUGAAAAGUUUUAACAACCCAGCCAUGUUGCAAAUGCUGCUGCAGCCCCAGUUGCGUGGACAUGCUGUUAAACCUGCAGUUCUUGGAGCAUCUGCAGGUUUACCUCACCUUAUAAAUUCAGCAGUUGGCCCACCUUUUUUGCAGCUGAAUAAAAUUCAUCAGAAUUCCAUUCUGGGGAGCGCAUCAAACUUACUGCUGCAGAGCCCUGCUCACCUACCACUGCCACAGCAGCAGCUGCUGAAGGUUGAAAACGUCCAGGCUAACAGUAAACCAGGUUUGCUGGGAGAACCUCCAACGAUGCUGCUUCAGACAGUGCUGGGAAUAGGGGUAAUGCCAGCAGUGAGUUCAGGCAUGGGAACCCGUGGAGAAGCUCUGAAGUCAUCUAAUCUGCCUCCAAUUCAAACAGCAGCAGCAGCAGCAGCAGCAGGGAUGGGCAUGCUGCCAUUCUUCCCGAAUCAGCACAUUGUUGGACAAGCUCUGCCGGGGCAAAACAGUGCUGCGGAGAAACAGGCAAGUCCCGAAGCCGUGGUGCCGGGAUCCCAGCCUUACCACCAGACCCUGACAAACCUUCCUGCAGGAGCUUUGCGGGCUGGCCACGCCAAGCAAAACCCACUGAAAAGCACUGAGAUCAGUCUGGGGACUCCCUUGAAAAAGCAGACUUCACUGCUGGGAGAACCACCAAAAGAAAUACGUCUUAGUACCAACCCCUACUUGAAUUUGGCAAGUGUGUUGCCUGGUUUGUGUCUUCCAGCAAUUGCUGGCAAAGCCUCCAGCCCACUGCAGCAGAGCAGCCUUUCGAACAACAUCCUGGAUGCUGCUGUGUCUCAGGGACCUACAUCACAACAUGGAGUGGAAAACUAUCUUAAUUACUCUCAACAUCAUGGGGAGUACCCACAGGAGGCUGUUCAGCAGUGGUAUCUUCAUUAUGCUCAGGCAUAUAACUCUACCCAGGCAAGAGCUGAUGACUUUGAAAAUGAAGCCUCUGAGGAAUCAACAGGUGGACCUUACCCAGACUACAGGACCUGCUUGCAGGUCAUGCCAACACUUUACAGUGGAGCCCAGGGAUCACACCAGCCAGGCAGCUUGCAGCUUCCUCCACAAAGCCCAUUAAAGAAGGUGGCUCCAGUGCGGAGCGAGAAGCGGAGCGCCUCGUACCUCAUUGCCUCCCCAGAAGCUGGCCCUGUGGAGUACCUGGGCCAGCAGGCGGCGAGCUCUGCGGCGCGCUACGCCGAAUCCUCGCUCAAGAAGAAGCGUGUUUAUUGA